AUGGGAAGACUUCAAGACAAUCAGUAUGGAUCAUCUGCGCGAUCAAGAUAUAAAACGCAAAAAUCGCCCAAUGGCAAAGAUGAGCUGAUGCAACGCUUUUGUCCACCGCUCGAUCCGACGUUAAUCGAAGCAAUUUGGAACGACGGUCAACAGUACGAUACCUGUGUACCAAUAUUGACAGAGCUUGCACGUGAAGCAGAUAAAGCUCUUGAAAUCGAACAAGUUCAAGCAGUAGCAGCAGCAGCUUGCACUGACGAACGAGAAGACUCCAAAUCGACGUCCAUUGACAAUAGCAACUGUAGUAGCGAUGAUGGGGAUGUGCAGCAGAACCUCGACUUUUUGAUGGUGUGCUUCCCUGCAGUGAGUCGUGCAGCGCUUCUCCAAACGCUAGAAGAACAAGAUAAUAAUGUCGGAAGUGCGACGGAUAUACUACUAAACGACGCUUAUCUCGAAUCGGAUGUUGCAUUAAUGUCGGAAAACAGCACCAACAGUUCCAACGGAGAGGACGACGAACUAUCGUAUCAAACGGCUCUUCGACUCGAUCGAAUGGAAAAGAGAAGGGCAAAGAAAAAGGCCGAGAAGAAGGAUAAGGGUGUCAUUUGGUCUACUGGAAAACUUCCACUUGCGUCGUCCUCGUCGAUGUUGAAUGACCAAGAGAACGGGUUGACGGCGCUACCUACAACGAAUGCUUGGAGCCAAUAUGAUGGACAAGUGGAUGACAUACACAAGGCAUUCCCAGCUGCCUCCCGAAUAAUAAUUCUCGGCUGUGUGAAACAAUGUCAUGGAAAUGUGAUAGCAUCUGUAAGACAGCUUAUGCGAAAAAAUCCAAGAUUAAAGCCAGUGCUUCCUUGGGCCGUUAUGAGCGAAAUGGAUCAAGUGAAAGAUGCUGUCAAGGCUAUCAUCAUGGACCGAUCGCCAGAAGAGAUCCAUCGGAUCGUUACCGGUGUUAUUGUUGCUUCUGCAAACAGCUCGGAUGAUGGUGCUGCGGCAAAACCUACUGUCGAAAAAAUGACACAGACGGCGUGCGAUUUUGCCCUCACUUUUGAUCGACAUCAACAAGAGCUGGCGGAAAGAAUGGCCUUGCUUCGCAUACAAAAGUCUGACACCACGGCCACCACUGAUUUGCCUGCUGUUCCAGAGUAUCUCUUGAUCGACAAUGUCGAAACUUACAAAGAGGACGAUCCGGAAACGUGUCGCGAUAAUGCAAUAGAGCUGAUCACGCAUCGCAAUGCUCUUUUCCGUAAAGCAGCAGAAGCUUAUCGAAGAACGAAAAACAAAGGGCCUGGAGAAGGAGGAAUAGCUUUCUAUUAUUCUAAUGAGGCUCGGCAAUUGGAUGAUCGGGCGAAGAACUGGAAUUUGAGGGCUGCACGGGCUCUUGUACGAGACCAGAGGAUACGGGAACAGGAUGAUCACCUGGUGGAUUUACACGGUCUUACCGUUGCCGAAGCCCAAGUUCUUCUCAAAGAAGCUGUAAAUCAGUGGUGGUCACGAAGCCAGAUGCAAAUAGGUCGACGUGGUAUAAAACCACUCAAAAUCGUAACGGGUGUCGGUAAACACUCUCAAUAUGGAGAGUCGAAGCUGUUACCGAGUGCACUCAAGCUACUAAAACGCGAUGGUUGGCGUACCGAGGUGCCUUAUCCAGGACGCAUCUUAGUCAAGGGACCAACAAGCGCAAAUCAGUAG